CGCGCGUCCGCCGACCCUCCGCGGUGCCGAGGAUGGAGAGGAGCUCUCUUCACCAAAAGCUCUCCUAGUGCCACACUGAAAGCAAGCAUGUCUUCGACUAGCAGUUUCCCGAAUUUGGCGAGCAUCGGCGACUGGGAGCCUCUGAUCUCUGCUAUACCCGCCACUAAAGUUGAGCUCACGGUGUCGUGCAGAAACCUACUAGACAGAGACACUUUCUCCAAAUCUGAUCCAAUUUGCGUGCUUUACACUCAAAAGGUGGCAAGCCGGGAGUGGAGAGAGUAUGGGAGAACAGAAGCCAUCAGUAACACCCUGAACCCAGACUUUGUUCGAAAAUUCAUUGUCGAUUUCUUUUUUGAAGAAAGGCAAAACCUACGCUUUGACCUAUAUGACCUUGACUCAAAGAGUGAAAACCUGUCCAAACAUGAUUUCCUGGGCCAGAUGUACUGUACGCUUGGAGAGGUGGUUGGUUCUCCAGGUAGUCGUAUGGAGAGAACACUGAUUGGCAUCCCUGGUAAAAACUGUGGGACCAUCAUUGUUAAAGCAGAGGAACUUGGAAAUUGUCGGGAAUCAGUAUUACUGCAAUUUUGUGGAAACAAUCUAGAUAAGAAGGACUUUUUCGGCAAGUCAGACCCAUUUCUUGUCUUCUAUCGCAGCAAUGAAGAUGGAACAUACACCAUUUGCCAUAAGACUGAAGUGGUAAAGAACACCCUGGACCCUGUGUGGCAGGCCUUCAAAAUCCCAGUUAGAGCACUGUGCAAUGGAGACUACGACAGAGCAAUAAAGAUUGAGGUAUAUGACUGGGACAGAGAUGGAGGGCAUGACUAUAUUGGAGAGUUCAAGACCAGUUAUAGGGAACUCUCCAAAGGCCAGUCUCAAUUCAGUGUUUGGGAGGUACUAAACAUCAAGAAAAAGAAGAAGAAGAAGAAGAAAUACCACAAUUCAGGAACUGUGACUCUGCUGUCAUGCCUCAUAGAUGUUGAAGUCACCUUUCUGGACUACAUUAAAGGAGGUACUCAGAUUAAUUUCACAGUGGCAAUCGAUUUUACCGCAUCAAAUGGAAACCCAUCCCAACCCACCUCUCUUCACUACAUGAACCCAUACCAGCUCAAUGCCUAUGCCAUGGCUCUGAGGGCUGUGGGUGAGAUUAUUCAGGACUAUGACAGUGAUAAGAUGUUUCCUGCACUGGGGUUCGGAGCAAAGCUUCCUCCUGAUGGCAGGGUAUCACACGAGUUUGCUUUGAAUGGAAACCCUGGAAACCCAUACUGCAGUGGUAUUGAAGGAGUUAUAGAAGCAUAUUACCAGAGUCUGAAGAGUGUACGUCUCUACGGUCCCACAUAUUUCUCACCUGUCAUUAAUCAUGUUGCAAGGUAUGCAUCAUUAAUAAAAGAUGGCUCAGAGUACUUCAUCCUCCUCAUUAUUUCAGAUGGAGUUAUCUCUGACAUGGCACAGACCAAGGAAUCCAUUGUAAAUGCUUCCUGUCUUCCAAUGUCAAUAAUAAUAGUGGGAGUUGGUUCAGCCGAAUUUGAUGAAAUGAUUGAAUUGGAUGGGGAUGAGGUCAGGAUCUCUUCAAGAGGAAGGUUUGCAGAAAGAGAUAUUGUACAGUUUGUUCCUUUCCGAGACUACAUUACUCCAAGAGGGAAUCACAUCCUCAGCAUGGCCCGUCUGGCCAAAGAUGUCCUGGCUGAAAUUCCAGAUCAGUUUCUGUAUUACAUGAGAACCAGAGGCAUCAAACCGAGCUUAACACCUACUGCUUACACUUCCAAACCAAUGACAGCACUGUCCCAUUCUGCCGAGUCAUUACAGACGCAGAUCUGAUGAGGACCCGGGUAGUUCAUUGUUUCAAGGAUUGGUUUUUCUGAGCUUGACUGGGUGUUGGGUUAGAUCUAGCUGAGCGAAGGAGCAAACAUAGACUAAGCCUGCUCAUGGCAAAUAAUAACUAUGCUCCUAUGUCUGAGUUUGGUAAUGUAAGAGAGGUUUAUUUCUAACUAAACAAUCAUCAUUAUAUGCCUCAUAAGUUUUGUGUUUUAUUUUAAAUGACUGGCUGAACUAUGAACAAAAUGUUUACAGUGUUUGUGAUUUAUACAAGCAGAUAAUGAUAUACCUCAUGCAUACUGAAAUAGCUGAAACUUUUUCUAAUGUAUCACAAAAUAGGUUGUUUUGACAUUAUAACUUUGUAUUUGCAUAAGAGUGAGCAUGUUUUAAAGACUGUGUUCAGUCUCUUCCAUUCGUAUUACCAAACAUUCUGGUUUCUUCCACUCUACUGCCAUACUAUGUUUCUGAACAAAUCUUGCAGGAGAGACAGGCCUUAUUGUUGGUUACACAAUAAUGAAUAACACUGUUAGGCGAUCCGUAUAAAUAUAGCAGCAAUCAAGUGUUACUGUAGAAGUUUUUCAAUCAUUUCUAAUAAUAGUAAGUUUAUUAUUUAGUUAAGUGUUAUGUGUAAAUGUGUCAAGUGUAAUGAUUCAUAUGAAAAAAAAUCAUAUUAAAUUAUUAUACUCAAACAUAAUGACACUUUAUUCAGUCGAAAUCAUAAUGGUUUAUCAGAAUAGUAAUUUAAUAUUACGUCGCUAUAUCAUCAUACUUCCGUUCACAUAGUAGUUUAGAUUAAUAUUAUUAUUAAAGAACUGUUAUAGUAAUAUUUGAUUACUUACUGAUAAUUACAAAAUAAGGCAUUGAAAGAUGAAAAGCAGUACAGCAGCUUUUGCAUAACACAAAAAGCCUUGAAUAUAACUGUAGCUAUAAAAGCAUGUAACUGCAUGCAUUUUAAAGUAGACUGCGUAUUCAUACUGAACAGUUAUGAGGUUAAUGUGCUGUAUGGAAAUCUGAUACUGCUGGGCAAGGACAUGUACUGUGCUUGUAGUACUGCACCGUAUGUUUGUAGAAAUAUUAGAGCACAAUUUUCUUUUUCAUUUUAACUGAAUCAGGUUCACUUUUGUUUUUUUGUGAACUCAUUCACAAAAAUGUAUUAAAAACGAUUGUUUUAUUAACAAAAGCCAUUUUACCCUCCAUUCAGAUAUUGUAAUAAGGGGUAUUAAAAAUAAGAUGAACAUAAUCUGUUUAUAGAUUGAUUGGAAUAUUUUGAUGCAUGUAAUGUAAAUACAUAUUAAAGAAAACAGGAAAAAGUUAGGAAAGAUUUUAGGUAUUAUCUUUAUUCAACAUGAGAAGAUGCCCAGUUUAAAUUGUGCACCCACAUAUGUUGGCUUACAUACUGUAUUAUCCUGAUACAACAGGUACAAAUUGCAUCAAAGCUUAAAAACCUGCCCAAAGAAAUACCCCAUCCAGUCUUAAGGUGGGACAAUCCUGCAUUUCUGAGAUUUAUUUGGUCCUGUAUUCAUUUCCUGAGUAAUUAAUCUCAGAAAUCCAUUAGUGAAAGACAGAAAAACACUUUUCUCACAACAUACCAGUUGUUUAAAUAACACAGGAAACACUGAAAAACAUAAAAAACAUAGAUAAGUCUACAAAAUCUAAAACAAAAUGUGAAUAGAUUAUAGAAAUAAUCAGUGACCUUUUACGAAAGAUUUCUACAUAAAUAAUGUGACUGAUACAGCGAUAACACAUAUUGUACUAAAUUGUCUCAGGUUGGAAUGUCCUUUGCUGAUUGCAAUAACGGUUAAUAUGCUAAUCUUCUUCAGUUUGGCAUGUGCACUGGUUGUUUAUGAAUGCUUCAUUUGAGAUUUCAGGUUUUCUGUCAUAGGCUUUUGUCUCCAGAGAAGAAAAAUAAUUACUAUAAUACUGUAGCACCUCACCUAUGAAAUAAGUACUUUAAUUUGUGAUCAUUCAAAAAAGAAAUCCACUUCUGCGUGUUAAUGUAUUUCUUUAUUACAGCUUAAUUAUUACUGUUGCAUGUAUCAUAUUCGCAUGUGCAUUAAGUUGAAAAGUGAUGAACCUUUUGUAUUUUUCUCAUACUUUUUAUACCUGCUAUUUUUACAAUAUCAUAAAGUUUGCCUUAUUAUAUCACUGAAUUGAUGGAUUUUGACAUGCCUUCACUGUAUGUUUGUUGACUAAUAUAUUCUUUGAACAAUAUUUGAUUUACAAUACAAUUUAUUUAGAUUAUAGUUGCAUGAGCCCAGCUGAAAUAAGCUGGCCAGUGUCUAUAAUACAGUGACUGGCUGUCCAAUACUAAAAUAAUAAUAAUAAAUAAUAUAUAGCAUUUAAUUAAUUAAUGUUAUUUAUUUCAGAAUGCUUUGCAUCUGUUAUUAUAUAUGGACAUGUAGCAUAUGUAAUAGUAUAUAGUAUAUUUAUUCUGUGGUCUAUAAGAUUUCAUAUUACUGACUGGAAAAUCACAAAGACAGGUUGAUUACAGCCUGCAAAUAUCUUACAAAUACCAGG